AUGGAGAUCGUUUCGGCAGAUAGGGGCGGCCGGGCGGAAGCCGUCGCGGCACCGCCGCCUCCUGGGGGCCGGACGCUGUCCACUCCACCCCCAGCGCCUCCGCCUCCGCCCCCGCCCCCGCCCGCCCCCGCCUUGGAAACUGAAAAUGGCCAAGAAAUUGAUGCCAGCACUGGAACAGAAGGAACGGAGGUAGGAAGUGCGGCUGCAGCAGGUGAGGAAGCACCAGAGACACAGGAUUUGACGACAGGUAAUAACGAGACACCGGCACCAGCUGGUGGUUGUGACGAGACGCUGACAGCUUCCAACAGUGUUAAUAAAGUGAAGCGGAUCCGAGAAUCUGCGAAAGAAGGUCUUCUACUGCUGGCAAAGAAAAUUAAAGCAGCCUCAUGUAACAAAAUUCCAAAACCUUCAGUUGGACAGAAUAUGGGAAUUAAAGUACCGGAUGCAGACAGGGCAAAAAUGAUGCAAAAUCUACAACGACAGUAG